GUCCUCGCAGCUCUGGGUGUUCUUACUGAAACAGGGCAGAUGCCUGAAUUCAGCAAGGUGACAAAGUGUGAAACUAAGUCUACUUUAUAUCGCAAAGAAGGCAACGAAAAGUAUCAAAAACACAACUAUCGUGAAGCUCUAAUAUGGUACAAUAAUGCUAUUUUAUUUGCACCAGAAAAUUCAACAGCAUUAAAAUUGGGUUACAGCAACAGAUCGGCACUUCUUUAUACAAUUAAAGCAUACAAAGCCUGUCUUAAUGACAUAGACACUUGCUUCAACAUGGGGUGCACUGAUCAAUCCCUUGCCGAUAGACUAGCACAGCGUAGGAGAGAAUGCCGUGAGAACAUUUCGAGAGAUGAUAAGAGGCCUAUAGUGAAAAGGGGUACGUUCGGAGGGACAUUCUUUAAUUUUGAUGUGAAACGCAACUCUCAAAUUCCAUGUGUCAGCCAUGACGUUGGUGUGGUCAAAGAAACAGAUAAGGUAAAGGCCGUUGCAGCAAGAAAUAUAGAAGUGGGAACUGUAGUUGCAUUGGAGACGGCAUACGUAUGUGAAUUAGAACUUGCUCACAAAUAUUUAGCCUGUUUCUAUUGUCACAAGUUUGAUCUAAAUUUGAUACCCUGCGACAAAUGUUGCGAAGUGAUGUUCUGUAGCGAAACUUGCAAGGUACGCUGCAACAAUGAGUUCCAUGACAUUGAAUGCCAAAUCAUGCACUGUAUCAAAUUUACUCAGGGUGGAGCUUCGUGUAAAAUGAAAAUUAAAGCAGCUAUUAAAAUGCGUAAAAAAUGCUUAUCGUGGCAAGAAUUUAUAGAAGCCUCCACAAAUAUGGGACCUGAAAGGAUGAAAAAGAGUUCAGUAGAUGAAAUAUAUGACGUGAAGAAAAAAUUUUCCCUGCUAUGCUUUGACAAUGACAUUUAUUUUCUAUAUGGCCAACUGUGUGAUGCUAGUUUAUUAACUGCUAUAGUUAUAUACUAUUUGUUGCAAGUGCCAUCAUUUUUUCCCGAGAGACAAGAGGAAAGAGAUAAAGCUAUACAAGCGUUUGCACGAGUGAUGGUUAAUUUGUGUCUUUUUUAUAGAAAAGUUGAGAUUAUGAAUCCUACAAUGGAUCCAGAGACGGGGAUACUAGGACACACAAUGGUCAAUUUCGGGUGGUUCUCAUUCAGUGGCAAACUGAAGCAUUGUUGCGAUGCCAACCUUCUGGUAUUGGGGUUGAACAACCGAGUUGCAUUAAUAGCAAUCAAGCCUAUCAAAAAUGGUGAUGAACUGACGAUUUCUUAUAAAGGCCACUACUUCGAGAGAUAUUAUUGGAAAGACAGUCUUAAUUUUAGACCCAUAGCUCUGUUUUGUAGCAAUCAAAUAUUGUGCAAUUGUCACGUUUGCACCGAGAAAUGGUCACCGUUACAAUACCGGAAUCAAAAGCUAAAUACUGAGCAGCAAUGUCUAGUGAAGUCUUGUUUUGCAAAUGAAAAUUCAUCGCAAAUGGAAAACUUCCGAAAUGCAUUCAUGUUCAAAAAGAUUUGCAAUGCCUUGACCGCGCUUCAAGAUGCCCCGGCUUCAAAGGAAUAUCUCCAGGUGUUUAAGGAAUUCCGAAACUUUACUGGCAUAUACCAAGUCAUGUGUACAGAUAACGUCCUCCAAAGUAAUAAGUAAUUAGGUUUAGAAUCGAUGCAAUUUAUAUAAGACUUCGACUUCAAAAAAAGGGAUUGAGAAUUCGAUUGUAUUUUUUUUGUGUCUAUAUUACGUGAUUUUCGAACAUUUGUAAAGAGGGUACCUACUUCAAUAGUAGUCCCAUUCAAAUUUGAAGAAAAUAUUCCACGGAGUCCUAUAAGUGCCAAUGACGCGAGUGCGCCGACAGCAAACUAUUGCAUUGCGCCCGCGCCCCGUGCAGGACAAACGUACUGAAACAUCCACCGCUUACCACAGUUUUGCGCAUGUUGAGUGACAUUUCGAAAGAAAUUGACAUAUUUUAUUGUUCGAUGUCGAAAUUCGCAGACGUUGCCAUAGACAUUGUAUGUAAGAAAUAGGUAAUUUGUUCCUUAUAGUGGCUGUUUUUAAUUUUUUUAAU